AUGUCUGAAAUCACCCAUCCCACCAUCAAGGAUGGCUGGUUCAGAGAGAUCUCCGACAUGUGGCCAGGCCAGGCCAUGAUCCUGAAGGUCAACCAGGUCUUGCACCACGAAAAGUCCAAGUAUCAAGACGUCCUGGUCUUCGAAAGCAGCGACCACGGCACCGUGAUGGUCCUUGACAAUGUGAUUCAAUCUACCGAGCGGGACGAGUUUUCCUACCAAGAGAUGAUCACGCAUUUGGCCAUGAACUCUCACCCAAACCCCAAGUCGGUCCUCGUCAUCGGCGGCGGCGACGGCGGUGUUUUGCGUGAGGUCGUCAAACAUGAGUCGGUUGAGAAGGCCAUCCUUUGUGACAUCGACGAAGCGGUCGUUCGUGUCAGCAAGAAAUACCUGCCGGGAAUGUCCAUUGGCUUCCAACACCCAGCAGUCCAAGUCCAUAUUGGUGAUGGCUUCAAGUUCCUUGCUGAUCGCAAGAACGAGUUCGACGUCAUUAUCACCGACAGCAGCGAUCCAGAAGGCCCAGCCGAGUCGCUGUUCCAGAAACCCUAUUUUGAGCUUCUCUUCGGAGCCCUAAAAGACGGUGGUGUUAUUACUACCCAAGGUUCCGAAAACCAAUGGCUUCACCUCCCGCUGAUCACGAAGCUCAAGAAAGACUGCAAGGAAGUCUUCCCUGUGGUGGAAUACGCCUACACCACCAUCCCCACCUAUCCUUCGGGCCAGAUUGGUUUCAUGGUCUGCUGCAAGGAUCCCAACCGCGACGUCAAGGUGCCUUUGCGGUCAUGGAGCCCAGAGGAGGAGGAAAAGCUGUGCAAAUACUACAACAAAGAAAUCCACCAGGCAAGCUUCAUCCUACCGACAUUUGCCCGCAAGGCGUUGAAGUAG